AUGACAUCAGCCUUUGAGAGAAAGGUCAAGAGUGUGAUGCAGGAGGUGGACUGCAACAAAGGAGAGCUCAUCCCAGUGGACUAUGUUCCAAAUUCAAUCAGCUUAAAGCCUUACAGCCUCCUGAGCAGGAAACUAUCAAGCUCAUGGUUCUGGAAACCCCGUUAUACAUUUGUCAACCUGUCAAUUAAGGACAUCCUGGAACCCAGUGCUCCAGAACCAGAACCGGAGUGUGUUGGCCCCUUGCAAGUCUCUGACGACAUCGAUGGGAAAAUUCAGGGCACUGUGGCUGUAGAGUCACCCAUAGGAAAAGAGAGAAUUUCUGUUGAGGCUGCAGUGUCUGCCAGUUCCAGUGCCUCCAUGAGUAUGUAUAUGCUGCGUGUGAAUCCAAAGACCUGGGAUAUCAUGAAGAGUGAAAGGAACCUGCAACAGCCUGAGAGUAUACUCCUGCAACAGCUUCGGGGUCGUGGGGAUGACGUGUUUGUCAUCACCGAGGUGUUGCAGACAAAGGAGGAGGUGAAGAUCAAGCAGUCCCACAGCCUGGGGGGCUCAGGCAAGAUUACACUGCCUCAACUCACAUUCCUUCGGGUUGAAGGCAAGGGCCACCAAAGCCAGAAGAAGAUGGUGACCCUUCCUCCAGGCAGCGUCCUUGCAUUCCGAGUGGCGAAACUGGUCAUUGGCUCUACAUGGAGUAUCAUUCUCUUCCCGGAUGAGAAAAAGAGGACCUUUGAGUCCUCCUCAGGCCGCAGAAGAGGAGUGGACCGGGAGCGCCAUAGCUUUAAUCUGUGCUCUGCACUAUGUUCCCCAAGACCUCUUGGGCUUCAGGUGGUACUGCCCUCAGUCCCUGCAGAUGGAACCCCUGAGGAAGAAGAAUUCAAGGAAGACUUCCAAGGCUUGUGUGCAGAGGUGAAGGCUGGUUCCUUAGAACUUGGGAAAUUAAAAAUGGAGUUGAGACAACAGCUACUAGUGGACAUCGGGAGGAUUCUACAGGACCAGCCCCGCCUGGAAGCCUUAGAGGACUCACUAGGGCAGGGUCUGUGCAGUGGAGGGAAGGUGGAGCCUCUGGACAGCCCAGCAGGUGGCACCCUUGAGUGUCUGGUGUUCCAUUCUGGAGAGCUGGUGCUGGAAUUCGCAGCCCCUAUCUUCUACCUGUUGGGAGCACUGAAUGUGCUGAGUGAAACUCAGAGGCAGCUGCUAGCUAAGGAUCUGGAGAGAACAGUACUGUCAAAGCAGCUGGAGUUGGUGGAGCACAUAUUGGAAAAGAGCACCCCAUGGAAGGAGCAGAGAUCUGUGUCCCUGCCCUCCGAGCUCCUUGGGGACAGCUGGGAUGAGGAGGCUCCCACCUGGGUCUUGCUAGAAGAAUGUGGCCUAAGGCUGCAGGUGGAACCCCCCCAGGUGCACUGGAAACCAACUUCUCAGGGCCCCACAUGUGCUCUCUAUGCCUCCCUGGCCCUAUUGUCUAGUCUAGGCCAGAAACCUCAUUAG